CCCAACAGAACGAAAGAGCCGGCUAAUAUUUCGUUGCUAGGCAUCAGAUUCUCCUAAGAAUCAUGGAGGAUACUUACACUUUCAUAUACGUGCCGAACCGAGAGUUCAAUACUUUUAAAAAGAAAGACGUAGCCGAACUGUUAAUGAAAUGGUCAAUGAAAGACAAUCUCAGAUUUCAGACCUACUGCUUCAAUCAGCCAUUUCAAACGUAUCGGAAAAAUGAUUUGAUAGAAGCAUUUCUUAAGGACCAGACUGUGAUAGCGUCAUUGGAUUGCUUCCAACAAUCUUGGAAGCCUCGCGUGCCUGCCUGCAAGUCAACUCCUCCUCCGUAUGGAAUUGCUGCAGAUACUGUUGAAAUUAAACAAGUUCCUUGUACUGUAACAUCAAUGUCAUUUUUUGAUCCUCUUCUUGACAGUGAUAAUGGAAUUGUAAGAGGUGAUGGCUGGAUUUCAAAGUGCAUGAUUUAUUCUAUAGAUGGUUUCGAAAUAUAUGAUGAACUUGGAAAGGUACUUCUGGAUAGUGAAAGUGACAAUUAUGAUAUAUUUUCUGAACAGGACCGGGAACAGUUUAUUUUCCAUAUCUUUAAGCAUCUUUGUCUUGGAGGAAAAUGGUGCCAAUAUGAAGAUAACAUAAAUCCCUACUUGGAAACAACAAAGUUAAUAUACAAAGAUCUGCUAAGGGUACAUAAAGACAGUACAAACAAGAAAUUAUAUAUAUCAUCUUUAGUAUUCAGAGUAGUUGCAAGAGACAAAAAUGGUAUUGCUUAUUUUCCGUUCAAUCCUGACAACAUCCAGAAUUUUGCAUACUUGAUAAUCGACCCACCAGAAAGAAAGAUCACUACUGUCACACAUAAUUAUGGUGGAAAUUUCAGUUCUUAACAAGACAUAUUAUUUAAACAGCUGACUAAGGUACAUGCUACCUUUUCAACCUAAUGGUGGUAAAUGGUGAAAAAAUGUCCAAGUAUAUCCCAUAUAACUGAUUCAGCAACUAUGCAGCUUUCAUAGCUAUGAAUUAGUAAUUGGAUGACCUUAUAUCAGAGCAAACCAAGUACAAAUUAUAUUUUUAAAGGUAUAAAGCUUUAAAACAAAACCUGAUAAAGAAAAACAGUUUGUAAACUCACUCAUAGCAUAUGUUCAAUAUUAUUGAUUAGCAUUUCAUACAUCAGACACCUGUGACAGGCUACAAUUGUUCAUUACAAAUAAGUGGAAUAAAAAAACAGAACUAUCAUUCGCAAAUUUUUUAUUUAGCAAUGGUAUUAUAUUACUAUAAAUUGAUUUCAUAGUAUUCCAUAUCCUUGGAGUACGUUUAACUGAACUGUAUUAUGUUAAACUUUUCUUUUCAAAUUCUGGUACAUCCUACGUUUAAUCUAGGUACAGUAAGACCAUACAUGUUUUUCUCUUUGUUAGAACUGAAGUUAACAUGUUAUAACUGUGGAAAAUAUAACUUUUCACCAAACAGAACUUUUACAUUGUGCUCUGGAUUUUUUUGCUCAAGUCAUGUAUUUCUUGUGUGAGGAAUAUGUAUUAGCUAAAUCUCACCUUGUUCUCACUGUGACUGUUCCGAUGCUUCCUCAAUGUUCAUCCAGCAUGUAGUACAGUUCCUCCAUAAGCUGUGCACCAAGAUUGGCUGCUUAUUAGUCUGUCUUACUCUUUAUAGUCAUCUGUGUAGCUUUAAAAAUAACAGC